AUGGCUGUAACCGAUACACCGAAGAGCAACUUCCACGUUGCAGUGUGCGGCGGCGGCAUCGGCGGCCUCUGCACCCUCAUCGGCCUCCUGCACCAAAACAUCUCAUGUACGCUUUACGAAGCUGCACCAGCAUUCGCUGAGAUUGGCGCCGGUGUCUCAUUCGGCGACAAUGCCGUUAGAGCAAUGAGCCUUAUAGAUCCUGAGAUCAAGAAUGGCUACGAUAAAAUUGCUACCAGUAAUGCUUCGUCGGCGUGGAAGAAGUGCUGGUUUAACUUCACGUUGGGAAUGAAGGAUGAUGGUUGGAAGGAUUUGAAAGCUCCGGGGAAAGAGGGCGUGCAGGUUGCUCCGGUCAUGGCUGGUGACGUAGGCCACAGCUCAGUACACAGAGCACACUUCUUAGACGUACUGGUCAAACUCGUCCCAGAUGGUGUAGCCAAGUUUGGAAAGAGAGUCGAAAACGUAGAGAAAGUCGGCGAUAAGAUGCAAAUAACUUUCCAUGAUGGAAGUACCGCUGAAGCCGAUGCUGUCAUUGGAUGUGACGGCGUGAAGUCACGGACGAGACAGAUAAUCCUAGGAAAAGAUCACGAGAGCACGAGUCCUACUUUUACAGGGAAAUAUGCGUACAGAGGUCUGAUACCGAUGGAGAAGGCGGCAGAUGCUCUUGGAGAUGAUUUGGCGAGGAAUAGUCAGAUGUAUAUGGGUCGACACGGGCACGUACUCACAUUUCCGAUUGAGAACGGAAAGACGAUGAAUGUUGUGGCAUUCCAAUCAAAGCCAGAUGGGAAGUGGGAGGAUGAAAGAUGGGUUUUACCUAUGAAGAAGGAGGAUAUGUUCAAUGAUUUCCAGGGUUGGGGGACAAGCGUGCAGCAGAUUCUCUCGUUGAUGGAGAAGCCUGAUGUAUGGGCACUAUUCGACCACCCUCCAGCGCCAACAUAUUACAAAGGUCGCCUCGCUAUCCUAGGAGAUGCCGCACACGCAUCAACACCUCACCAAGGUGCCGGAGCCGGACAAGCAAUUGAAGAUGCAUUCAUCCUUUCCAACCUUCUCGGCCAGGUAAAGACAGUCAACGAUAUCGAAAAAGCUUUCCACGCAUACGACGCCGUGCGUCGACCGCGAAGUCAGCAGGUAGUGAGAACUAGCAGGGAAGCGGCAGCUAUCUAUGAAUUUGAGGAUGAGACUCUCGGAACGGAUUUGUCGAAGAUUAAGAAGAGACUGCAAGAGCGGUUUGAGUGGAUUUGGGAUGAGGAUUUGCCACAGCAAUUGAAGAAGGCGCAGGAUGUGAUGGAUAUGAAGGCGAAUCUGUAG